CCCAUUCUUCCCCGGCAACCUAGCUCGGAGACGACGGCCGGCGGCCGGCGCGGGCGUGCAGCGUCGUGCGAGCAGCGUGCCAGCGGCAGCGCGUCGCUGUGGCGUGCUGCAGCCGCGCGGCAGGCACAGAUCAGGAGGGACGGCGCGGAAGCUGAAGCUAAGCGUAUACUGAGGUCCGAACAGCACCAGGAUUAAGCAAUGUCCUCUUCGUCCUCUUUCCCCGGCUCCCGCUUCCCCUUCGCCGCCGGUGGCGCCGGUGCUGGAGCCUCCGGCGGAGGUGCGGGCGGAGGCGGAGGAGGCGGCAGCGGGAGCAGCGUGCGGCCCUGGGGAUCGAGCGGAGGGACGUCGGUCUCGUCGUCGGGGAAGCGGAUACAGAAGGAGCUGCUGGACCUCAACGCCUCCGACUGCUCCGCCGGUCCCAAGGGCGACAACCUCUACCACUGGCUCUCCACCAUCAUUGGACCCCAAGGGUCACCAUAUGAAGGAGGGAUAUUUUUCCUUGAUAUUGUUUUCCCACUUGAUUAUCCAUUCAAACCUCCUAUGGUGACCUUCAAAACAAGGAUUUACCACUGCAAUGUUGAUUCUAUUGGGGCAGUGAGUUUGGAAAUUUUGAAGGAUGGCUGGAGUCCAGCUUUAACCAUUUCAAAGGUGCUACUGGCGAUCAAAGGCAUCAUCACAAAUCCGGAUCCAUACAACCCACUUGUGGAGAGCAUUGCACGUUUGUACCUGACUGAUAGAGCUAAGCAUGAUGAAAUAGCUGCUGAAUGGACAUUGAGGUUUGCAAGAUAAGGAGUCCUUUGUGUAAUUAAAUAAGAAAAAAUGACUCUGUAAAGGAAUAAACUUGUAUGUAUCCUGAGACAUAUAACGUUGGAAAAUGACCAAUACAUUAAUCUGAGUUGUGACAUAAA